CUUGGCCAAUCACCAUCUUUCACGACAGCAAUCUCGAACCCGUUGAAGCAUUACAUCUUAAUGUUCACUUCAGAUGCGAGCGUAGAGCCCACUGCGUUGUGUUUUGACAGAUAUAGCUAUGAACGGCCAACCCAUUCCAGGCUUCUACUUUGAUCCUGACAAAAAGAAGUACUUCCGAAUACAGACGUCCACCGCAGCACGAGAUCUGGACAUCAAGCAUUCGGCAGAGAACAUCCGCAAAGAGGAGAGGCGGAGUCGAUUGAACAGAGCUGCGGCUGUCCAAUCCAACAAAACACGAAGAGAACGGGUUGUACGGCGAAAUGCCACUAACUUCACGCAAACGUGUUUGGAAAGAGAAAUCGGAUUCAGAAGGAGAUCAUUCUAUGUGCAGAGCAUGUGGCCAGAUGCAUGCAUGUCCGGCGUUGCUACCAGGCUAAAGAAGGUGGUCGAUGCACCUGAUGCUUCUAUCCGGUUGUUCGACAGAGACCCAAUCUCCAAAACCAUCUACGCUGUGAUCGGAGAAAACAGGAUCAAGCGAAGGCGAGUACAUACCACAAGCGACCUUCCGCUUCCUGAUCAAGAUCUCGAAACUGGCGAGUACUUCAACUCCAUGUCUCUUAACGCAUAUGCCUUCGAACCGUGGGAUGAGCUUGUGCGAACGACAUCGACAGUCUCAUCUCUAUGCUAUUUGCCGGUAACGGGUGCGUUGGCAACAACUACACUAGGCGCUGAUAGACCACCCACCGUACAUUUGAGCGACCCAGAAAGAGACGGACCAUAUGUGGGGCAACUGUUUACACCCAAAAGCUGUACAGCAAUACGAGGAGCUGCAGCGAGACCGACGAGCUUCGCGCCUUCGCCAGGUUUAGAGAACACAGUGGCGGCAACACAUACAGAGCAUCUUGCUGUUGCUGCUUCACAAUCACUUCUACUCUUCACCCGGUCGCCGACUGGAUCCUGGGAUUCGGCCACUGCCUUGGACGAUCUCAAGUCAGACAUCCUCUCUCUUGACUGGAUUUCCUACACUACCAUUGCUUUGGGCUGUCGUAACGGAAACGUUCGCCUCUAUGAUACACGUUCGGGUGGCUCGAGCCGUGUCUUGACGCACUCCCAACCUAUAGCUAAAAUCAAGCGGGCCGACGACCCAACACGCCUCGUUGUAUCUGGUCUCGAAGACACACUUUUUCUGUACGACAUCCGCUCACCACGCUUUUGUGGUCCCUCUGAGUCAUCUUUCAAACAUAGUAGUCAGCACUAUAACAAAGAUUACUUCAACACUCGGUUCCCUGAAGGGCGUGACCGCAAAAAGCGCCGCAAGAUGGAACACACAGCCUUCAAGAAGUGGUCACAGCCAGUGCUAAGCUUCCCCCAUGCUAACCUUGAUGAUCUGGAUCUCGACGUGGAUGUCCAUCCCAGACUUGGUCUGGUCGCUGCAGCUCAAGAUUUGGCCACGAGCAGUGCGGCUAUAAGAGUCAGUAAUCUCUGGACCGGCAAAACAGUGAAGGAGUUCACUCCCAACAAGACAGGUCCCGUUAGAAACAAGACGCAAGAAAGGAUUCGAACGCUAAAGUUCAUGGACGACGAGGAAGGCGGCGGCGUGAAUCUGUGGGCGACUAUGAAUGGAGGGAUUGUACAGUUCGGGUGGUGAGACGCGGCUUUCCGAACACUAUGACUGCAUGUGUAAUGACAUCUGCGGAGGACAACCGGUUCAGUACUACCCUGCAAAAUUGCGCUUGAGCGGGAAGGGAAGCAAUAGGACGAACACAAACACAAGCGUGCUCGUAGUGCGCACAUAACCUUCAGUCACAGCACUUUGCAAAAACUUCGCGUGUUCAAAACAUAGCGCACAUCAGGUUCUCAUAGUCUCUUUUUGUUUGUUAUUCCCACGGUUCCCGCUGUCAUGUAUCAGCUAAAGCACUUAUCAUUUGAACGUUACAAACAGUUUAU